GGUUAAUGGGAAGUGCAGGGAGUCUGAGAAUCCCGUGGCAGAGUUCAGUUCAUUCACCUUGAGCAUGGGAAUCCCGAACACCCAGAGAGUGGGAAUGUCAACUCUGGCUUUAACAUGCCUCGGAAGAAGCAAGAGGGAGGCGAUUUGAAUCCACACCGAGUGUCUUGGACAUGCUUGUAUAGCCCAAGUCAUAGAUAUGGCAGUGUGACCCAUGUUACGAUGACUCAUUACAGACGAGGCAAACGGAAACAUCUUAAUCCGUCGGACUGUUGGUCCUUGAGCAAUAGUAGUGAGGGUGCUUUCUCGCUGACCCAACCGUUCACCUAUACAGGCACCAAUGGAGGUUUGAACAGGGGCCUCUGCCCAAGGGACAGGAAGGAUAGAAGGACUGCACCCCGGUUGUACCCACUCCAAAAGCAGUGGGCGCACAAUGCCAAGAGGCCAUCAGAAGAUGCAACCACUGCCAAAGCCAUUGUUGGUCCAACAUCCUCCAAGGUGGAUUCCGUUUUUGACCCUGAAGAUUUUCUUUCCAAUGACUUGUGUGCUGAAAGCAACGUGCUGGCUCUGAAUUCAAAGUCCAGUGGAGAGCACUGUGCCCUGUUGCUGAGAAGCCCAAACAAGGCUGGUGAUGCAGCCUGGGACGGUUGUACAAAGAGGCCCAGCUUUGAAGAUGCCCCCACCACCCAGCAAUGGAAUUGGGUUGAAAGUGAUGAACUGGAGGUAGAUCCUCUCCCGGACUCUUACUUUGGAUUACUGGGAUGCACGCGUUCCCAUACCCUGCCUUCUGGCCACUUCAGCCAGCUGCCCGAUGAAGUCCUCAGGACUGUGUUCUUUUAUCUGCCAGCAGGGGACUUGUAUCACCUCAGCUCGGUCUGUCAGCAAUGGCAGCGUGUUAUCAGUGACCCAAUGUUUGUACCGUAUAAGAAGUUGUACUAUCGAUAUAGGAAGGGAGAAGAAAGUGCGGUGAAGGAGGUUGAUCUGAUCCUGAAGGAAAAUAAUAUUAAAAAGGAAAAUGAACUUUGUGUGUUGCAUCUCAUAAGAUAUAUGGCAUCUUUCCAGAACGGUUUGUCUGUGAACUUUGAAGCCGUCUUGAGUUGCCUUAAAGACCACCCUCUUUUCAAGCAAGCCGAAGCAUCUGUGGCUCAGACGCUGUCUAAUUUGGCCAAAGCAGCUGGGAGUACACAUGUGUGGGCGGUACUGUCUGUGGUCGUUCUCCUGUCCUCUAGUGUAAAAGACAUCCAGGGAGUGAUUUCCUGUCUCCAGCAACCCCGUUCGACUCUGCCUCGAGCAGAGGUGACGGAGAUCCUGUACUGCAUGGCCACUUUGCUGUUUGCCUUGAGGGAGAGGGGCAUCAAUAUCAGCAGCAGGAUUCAUUAUAAUCUGUUCUGUACGCUCUAUUUGAUGGAGAAUCCAACCUGUAUCAAUAGAAAACACGUGAAGCACCUUCGCUCAGCUCAGGACUCUGGCAGGCUUGAAAUGCACAACAUAAAAUUGACUCCAGAGCAGCAGCAAAUACUGAACCAGGAAACUGCCCCAGGACAUCUGAUUAAAAUAGUGGGAUUUGCAGGCGCAGGUAAAACGUCAAUGCUGAUCGAGUAUGCACAGAGCAGACCUCACCUCAGAUUUCUGUACAUCGUUUCCACUAAGUCUGUUCCAAUGGAGAUUAGUCGAGUUUUCCCCCCAAAUGUGGAGUGUACGACUGUGCAUGCAUUGGCCUAUCGGGACAUCGGUCACAAGUAUCAGCGCAAGAAGAAGAUAAUGGCUUAUGAGCUGAAACCAUUCGUUAUUUUUGGACUUCCUGAAGCACGUAGCAGUUUUUUUAGAGCAAACUUAAUUUGUCAAAGCCUCUGUACGUUUUUUUCCUCCAUGGACAAAGCUAUCACCAUCUCUCAUGUACCAAAACACUGUAAGAGCACGUGUGGAGGUAUCAGGCCUAUGGAAUAUCAAGAGAAUCUAGAACUAGUUGAAGAUGCAAAGAGGAUUUGGAGAAAGAUGACGGAUCUUGGCGAAACGAAGGAGAAUGGUUACUUCAUGACUCAUGAUGGAUAUCUGAAACUUUGGCAACUCAGCAAACCCAGUCUGCCACAAUUUGAUAUCAUCCUUUUAGAUGAAGCUGAAGAUUGUAGCCCAGUAAUCAUGGACAUUGUGCUGUCUCAGAAAUGUGGGAAGAUUCUUGUAGCAGAUCCACAUCAGCAGACCAGUGGAUUCAAGGAUACUGUAGAUGUUCUGCUUAAAGCCCACCGUCCCCAUCUGUUUAGUCUGACACAGAGUUUCAGAUUUGGACCGAAGAUUGCCUAUGUUGCAGCAACGAUAUUGGAUGUGUGCAAACAGGUCAAAGACAAGACGCUGGUUGGUGGAAGCCAAGAUGGCAAUGCUGAUCCCAACACUGGGCAGACGGCUGUUCUCUGCAGAACUAACGCAGCUGUAUUUGACGAGGCUGUGAGCAUCGUUACAAGUGAAAAUCCAAGCAAAAUAUACAUCAUCGGAGGGCUUGAUAAAUUUGGAAUGGACACAAUACUGGACAUUUGGAUGCUUAUGGCCCAGGAGAAGGAACGAGCAACCAAAGACCUUGUAAUCCGCGAUCCAUUCAUCAGGAUAUUUGAACAUAAAGGUGGUUUGUGUGGAUUGAAAGAUUAUGUAGCUGAAGCUGAAGAUAAGGAGUUGGAAGAGAGGAUUGCAGUGGUGGAGAAGUACAGUCGGGGACUCCCUGUACUCGUAGAGAAAAUCACCAGCUACUCUGUCACUGAUUCAGCAUUUGCAAAUAUUGUUUUGGGAACUGUGCACAAAGCAAAAGGAUAUGAGUUUGACACUGUGCAGAUCACCAAUGACCUUGUGAAAGUUCCAGGCUAUCGACAUGAUCGUAUGCUUUCGGAAUUCAGGAUAGAUAUGGUGCCAGAAAUCGAUUGGAACUUGCUUUACAUUGCUGUGACACGGGCAAAAAGGUGUCUAGUGAUGAACAGGUCUUUGGAAUGUCUCCUGUCCUUUGCCGGUGAAUAUUUUGUAAAGCCAGAGUUGACUUCCAGCCUGUUUGUAGAAGGUCUACUCCCUAGCUGCUGGGCAAGAGGUUGUUCAAAUAGCAUUGUGAGCGAAACAGCAUUAACUCUGAGAACAGUGCCAAAUACUCAUAAUGGUGGCGAAGAUGAUGCUGGUUCCCUUUGCUGUGUGUGUGCAAAGCAGCGGAUCGGACCGUUGACCUACCUCCUCGCACUUCCAGAGUUGGUCAAAUCGAUGGGGUAGAACUGGGAGAAUGCGGCUGUGAGCCUUCAAACCAUCCUCUAGAUUCUGAUCCUUGGGGGGUGGGGGGGGGUGGUGGGCUGAGAGCAUCUGAUGGACUCUGAAGUGUUAUAUAUAUUCUAUUUUAUAUGACAUGUAAAAUGAAUAUAUCCAGCAAAAUAGAAAUGGCCUCUAUGAUAUCCAAUAUUUCCUUUAAGGAAUUUAGAAGAUAUUCUAUACUGAUUAGAACGGUUUAAAUAUAAAGGUACCACUACUGUUUUUUCAAUGGUAAAUGUAAAAUUCCCUGAAGGACUGCAAGAAAUGACAGUUUACAACCAAUAAAGAUAUUUUUUUUCACAAA